AUGGCCGACCCUGCGGUAGAGGCGCCGCCCGCCGCCAGCCUGCGCUCCGACCGCUCCACCGAGCAGCUGAUCAGCGCCACCCCGCACGCCCCGCUCGCUCCCGCCCGUGCCCCCAGCGCCGGCAGCGCCGAGGCCCCCAGUGACAAGAGACAUGGAUCCAAACGAGUGGUUGUGUUCCUCGGCCUCGCGCAGGUGCUGCUGGGCGCGCUGCUGGUGGGCGCGGGCGCCCUGGCGGUGGUGAAGGGCGCCGCCCUGGCCCGCGUGGGCGCGGGACUGUGGGCGGGCUGCGUGGCGGUGGUGGGCGGCGUGGUCGGCGUGCUGGCCGGCGUCAACGACUGCUACGGCCUCAGCUCCGCCUCCAGCAGGUGAGGGGGCCCCAUGAUGACGGCGUUCCUGGCGCUGUCACUGCUGUGCCUGGCGUGCGGCAACAGCGCGGCCGUGCUCGCCGCCACCGGCCUGCAGCGCGACGCGCUCCGCCCGCCCCAGCCCAGCCCCAGCUUCGAGGACGAGAUGCAAGCUUGGACGCCGGUGCUGACCAACAUAUCUGUGCUCAUCAUAGCCGCACUACACUGCCUGGUCUGCGUCGCCUCCAUCUACCACCUGUCCCGGCGGGUGUGCCCCUGUCUCCGGCCCAAGCAGGCCUUCGACCACAACCAGUUCGACCCCACCUACAAGCCCUGCGUCUACCACGUCGACGAGAAGAAGGGCCAGGAGCGCAGCGAGCUCGCCAAAGACUUGGAGACGAAGCUCCACGGUGAUACUAUGAAGAAGAAGAAGGAGGAGCCUGCAGAGUUCGGCAGCGCCAACAGCAAGGAGAAGUUGGUGACACGGUGGCUGGGGCAGGCCGCCCCCGUCCCCGUCCCCGCAGUCCGCCCUCGCCGCCCGCCCGGCGUCAGGAAGACGCGGAAACCGCCCCCGGUCAUGCUGGUGCCUGCGCAUCCUGCUAGCACGCUGGGUCGUAUGCCGAUGGGCGUGAGCGUGGUGAUGGGGCCGCGGUACGCCACGCUGCCGCUGCCGCCGUACGCGCCGCCGCCGCCGAUGUACUACCCCAUGCCCGACGCGCGCAUGCGUCGUCGUGCCCCACGUUCAGACCGGAGCGCCCGGGAGGCGGGCACGCGGGAGCGGCGCGGGCGGCGCGCGCGCGGUACGCAGCUCACGCGCUCGCUGGAGCGUAUACACCGCCGCCGCCGGGAACCGCCCACUGUCGACGACCUGAAGAGGACGUACACGGGGCUGGACAGGGCAUACGCGGAACAGUUCAUAGCGGUGUGCGACGAGAGCCGACUGGCGACUGAGCACCACGACUCGCUCGCCACCACCGCCACCAACACCAACACCACCGACUCCGACGACCACCAGGACCCUCGCGACGCCAAGCGCUAACGCCCCAUGCUCCCAGGCGCUAACACCCAACGAGCAUUUGGCAAUAACGCCUUGUGCAGGAGCGAUCGCAUCACGUGACGCUUCUAGGCGCUAAUGCUCGAAGCGAUACUACCAGGCCCUAAUGCUUUUAGUGACGUCGCUACCAGAUUACCA